UCAAACUUUUCCGCUCCUGCUCGGCAGUAAACAUGGCGGCCGGCUAACGGAGUCCCUGCGUGCAUUCAUCAUAUAAAAGCUUUGUAUUCGUGCUUCAAAGCGUACGCAAUACGUCGUGAUUUCUUUUUGGUACACGGGGGUGCGUGUGUAGGGCGUUCCGCUCUACAGAUUUUAUUCUAAUAAAAGGGUGAAGGAGACGCACCGACACAAUGGGGCGACGUUCAACCUCCUCCACCAAGAGUGGGAAGUUUAUGAACCCCACCGACCAGGCCAGAAAGGAGGCCAGGAAAAGGGAGUUAAAAAAGAACAAGAAGCAGAGAAUGAUGGUGAGAGCUGCGGUUCUGAAGAUGAAGGACCCCAGACAGAUCAUCAGAGACAUGGAGAAGCUGGAUGAGAUGGAGUUCAACCCAGUCCAGCAGCCCUUGCUGAAUGAGAAAGUGUUGAGGGACAAGAGGAAGAAGCUACGUGAGACAUUUGAACGCAUCGUCCGUCUGUAUGAGAGGGAGAAUCCCGACACCUACAAGGAGCUCCGCAAACUGGAGUUAGACUACGAGACCAAAAGAGGGCAGCUGGCACUCUAUUUUGACUCUGUCAAGAAUGCAGAGUCAGUGGAGGUUGACAGCAUCCCUUUACCAGACAUGCCCCACGCCCCCUCAAAUAUCCACAUCCAAGACAUCCCACUACCAGGAGCUCAGCCUCCCUCGAUACUGAAGAAAGGCACCGCUUUUGGUAAAGGACCUCUGACGGCAUCUUCUGGACCGGUUCUAGCAACAGUGCCAGGUGUGCCACGUUUACCUCCAGGGAAGAAGCCCCCCGGCCCCCCACCUGGGCCCCCACCCCCACAGGUCCUGGCACUGUACGGCAUUCCUGCUCGACGAGCCUACGGCACAGACAUAGAGCCUUCCAUCCCCGGUUUAGAAAAGGACUCUGUAAUGGAGCUGGGAAGAGAUCGGGACAGCGGCAGUGAAAGCGACAGAGACCGGGAUGAUGUGGACGAAGACGAAAGUGACUCUGAGGAAGACAGCGAAGAAGAGAGGGAUGAAGGGGGAGACGGUGACCAGAGAAUGAGUGUGGACAGGCAGGAUGAUGAUGGGGAUGACGAGAGAGACAGAAAUGAAAGACAUGCUGGUCGCAGUGUGCGUUUCGCAGACAUGCCUCCAGAGGCCCCCCGCGAAGGGAAGAAGAAGAAAAAGAGGUUGGUGAAGAAGACCAAGGCCAUUACCCCUCUGCAGGCCAUGAUGUUGAGGAUGGCAGGUCAGUCAGUUCCUGAAGACGAGGAAGAAGAAGAGGUGGAGGAGGAAUACACAGAUGAAUCGGACAGCUCAGACAUCGAGGACAGGGGACCACCAGGGGAAAACCCGCCCCACCUUAUUGCUAAUCAGCGUCUCCCCCCUCCUGCUGGGCCAGUGGGCCAGCCAGGGCCUCCACACUUGCAAGGUCCUCCAAUGACCGGACCUCCACCGCUGGGUCCACCCCCAGCUCCUCCAAUGAGGCCUCCUGGUCCACCCUCUGGUCCGCCUCCUGGCCCACCACCAGGGGCUCCUCCAUUCUUGAGGCCUCCUGGUAUACCUGGAGGCAUGAGGGGUCCAAUGCCACGUCUUCUGCCUCCUGGACCUCCACCAGGUCGGCCCCCGGGCCCCCCACCAGGCCCCCCUCCUGGCCUCCCACCAGGCCCCCCACCACGAGGACCCCCUCCCAGACUGCCACCCCCAGCACCACCAGGUAUCCCACCUCCUCCGCCAAGAGCAGGAGGGCCCCCACGUCCACUCGCCCCACCACUCUCCCUCUUCCCUCCACCUCUCAACUCCAACGUGCUCAGCGCUCCUCCCAGCAUCGUCCAGCGCCAGAAGGGCUCCGGGUCCAACCAGGAUGGUCCUCAGAGCAACAUGCCGCCCCCUCCCAUGCCCAUGCGACCGGGCGUCAUGCAGAUGCCUCCUCCCCCGGGGACGGCCGCUGCCGCCACAGGCCCCAAUCCCGGCGGCAACCCCCCCGGCCACCACCACGCAGCCACCAUCGAAAAACGAGCCAACAUCACGUCUGUGGCGGCGGCUGGAGGCGGCCUGGCGGCUGGUGCAGGAUCUGGUGGGGCCACAAUCUCUGCCAAACCUCAGAUUAUCAAUCCAAAGGCGGAGGUCACCAGAUUUGUGCCCACGGCGCUGAGGGUGCGUAGGGACAAGAGCGGAGCGAUGCCCGGGGCAGCACCCGGGCCGAUGGAGAAAGCAGGGGGAGGAAUGGGAGGGAGGAGAGGAGAUGACGGCAUGGGAGGAGGACAGGGGCAGAAGAUGGCAGCAGCUGCUCCGAUGGGCUUGAUUAACCCAUCUCAGAUGGGUGCUGUGUCUCAGACCAACAUGAAGACUAAGGACCAGGUGUAUGAAGCCUUUAUGAGGGAGAUGGAGGGACUCCUCUGAGACUUGGGAGGGGACUCUUGGUGGAUGUUCUGAAAAAAAGGAGUGUAUUUGUUUGUGUUUUCUGUGCAGACUUAUAGACGUAGCUGUCUUCAAAGCAGUCGGCUAGAUCAGUUUCUCUUUAGUCAACCAAGGAAAGGCUGAGACACCCAGCACUGGUCUCACAUGUUUCAUUUGAUCUGGACUAUUGAUUGCUGUAUCAAGGAGAAUGUCAAUUUGAUGUAUGUAAGCAACCUGAAUAUGUAUUAAACUGGAAACCUUAAGAUUGGUUCCUAUUCUGCUUCAACUCAUGAAACGAACACUAUUCUCUGAAAUGGAAAAAAAAAUAGCCAGAUAUUACGAAGUGGUUUUUUUGUCCUCCAGUAUGUUUUUUUUUUUCUCCCUACAGCUGCAUUUUUUCUCCGGCCAAAUAUUUUGUGAUUUGUCAUGACCAGAAAAAGGCAUUUUGUAUGAUUAUUUUAUUGGUGAUCUCCUAAACAUGUUGAGUAUAAAGGUGUGGAAUGUUUGUCAACCACUGACAAUAUACAUGUAUGAAACUGUUUGAUCUGCAGCUAAAUAAAUACUUUUUACCUCA